AUGAACGACGACCAGCAAACUGUUGGCCACACGACGAGGUCGAAUCGACGUCUCGUAUGGUGCGACUGCGAUGUUUGCAAAUUUGCAGCUCCCACCAAAGGCGGCCAGAACAUCCCCGCAUAUCAACGUGAAAACCAUCGUCGCACUCAAAACCUCAGCUUAUCUGCAAUAGCGCAACGAGGACGAGGCGCUUCAAGUUCUUUGCAACGUGACCGUGGAGGCCUCCAUGUCCCCUCUCGAGCGCAUGGGUCAGCCCCCCCUCGAGGUGCUCCUCCUCAACCUCGGGGUUCUGCUCUGCGAUCUGCAAAUUCUGGAGUGUCAGGUUCUCGGUCUUCAGCGACCCAGCCAACAAUUCCGCAUGAGGUUCCUGUUCCGUCUCGACCACCAUCCCCAUCUCAACCAGAACCCAUGGUUCUUUCACGCGCAUCAUCUCCUUCAUUUUCAUACAUGGAUGUGGACAACACUCAUCCGGAACCGCAGGAACACGAGCAUCCUCUAUCAGCCACCCCGCCGCCACCAGACCCCUUGCCGCAUGCACCAUUAUCUCCUAUGGCUGCCAUGCCAUCACCCAGCUCUCCUUAUCUUUGUGUCAUCUCUUCUCCUCGUCCUCGCCCUAUCUCCGUCAUGCGCACGAGUCCAGUUCCGUUUGGCAGCCCGAUCCCAGUUGCCCAUUCAAUACCGGCACUAGUACCUCGCCAGAUUCAACGGGCGGACUUGGAUGCCGAAACCCAAAACGAAAACGCUCAACAUACUGUAGCUAGUGCUGCCGUGGUCCGGUUCGGUCAGGUUCACAGAGGGAUGAGCGAAAACCAAGAACCGGACCUAGGUCCGGUUCUACCAGACUCGACGAACCCCGAACUGGACCUUUACGAACGGUUCGGAAUGGUCAGGUCCGGUUAUUUUCACGUUCGAACGUGA